AUGGAAUGGCUGGUUCUGGCAAAGACAGCAGUUGUGUCAGAAGUUAAUGACCUCAUACCGAAUGACUACAGAAGUUGUGCCCCACAAGGUACCAAUAACGGCAGUAGAUACACUGAAGACCAUUUUGACAAAGUUAUUUGGGUUACUGUAGAGAAUCAAGGACCAACUCAAUCAUCUAUUGACAACUUGCAGAAGAAAAUUGCAGAGAAAUUACAAAUUGAUCUGAAUAAAGCCACUGGGAGUAGAGCAGGCACAUUGGAUAGUGCAUUGAAGGAGUUGAGAUUUUUUAUCAUUCUGGAUGAUAUGCGGAAGAAGCUGUCUCUUGAGCUAAUUGGGAUUCCAGUGCCAACGAGGGAAAAUGGCUGCAAGGCUAUAAUAGCAUCCAGAUCACUUCCAGUGUUCAGUGACAUCAAAGUUGAUAAGAAGGUUGAGAUUACACAGUGCUGUACAUUACACAAUCACCUCUGUACUGUUCAACAACUAUUUCAAAAACACUGA